AGUCACUGAUUGUAAAAAAAGCCCUUAAUUUGCGCGCACACACAAAACACACACACACACGCAGAGAAGGGUAUUCCAAUUCUAGUGAAGAGGCAAAUCAAUGGCUAACAAUCCUUCACAGCUUCUUCCCUCAGAGCUGAUAGAUAGAUGCAUAGGGUCAAAAAUAUGGGUGAUAAUGAAAGGAGAUAAGGAACUUGUUGGAACCCUCAAAGGUUUUGAUGUUUAUGUCAAUAUGGUUCUUGAAGACGUCACCGAAUAUGAGAUCACACCCGAGGGACGUCGGAUUACAAAGCUUGACCAGAUUUUGCUCAAUGGAAAUAACAUAGCAAUUCUGGUUCCUGGUGGCUCUCCAGAUCCAGAAUGAUUGACCUUAAGUUUACUGCGGUGAUCAUAUCGAAUGUUAGAUGUCUCUAAUUAAUAUGUUAAGGAUGGGGCACUUUUUAAAACCCAUCUUGGAUUUGGCUGUAGUUCAAACCUCCACUAUCCUUUGUAUGCCAUUCUAAAAAGACCUUAGAAACAUUUGUAAUUUCUUAAUAUCGUACUGUUUUAUUCUUCAUUAUUUUGCUACAUUUGGUUUUGUCAGGAAUUCAGGAUGUUUUUUUGAA